GACAAUCGAUUUCGUGUCACAUUACGUCAUACUGGUGAUGGUAGUAAACUUUUUCAAGGUCUUCAAGGCAGUUUACACGUACAACACUGGAGAUUAUGUUUAAUUGGUGAACCAUCAAGUGGAUGUAAAUUUAUUUGUAAUUGGCGAUUAGAUCAUGUCGAGAAAGCUUAUACUAUGACUAUGCCUGCACAGAAUGCUAAUCAAUUUUUCACACCUAAUAAUACUACUAGCAAUAGUAGUAGUAGUAGUAUUAGUAAUAAUAAUAGUAGUAGUAGUACUAGUGGUAUUAGCAGUAGUAGUAACUAUACUACUACAAACAAUACUACAAUUGGUAUGAAUAAUUCUAUAUCAAUGAGUUCAUCAGUUACUAUAUCGUCGUCUUCGUCAUCUAAUCAUAGUCAUUCACAAGCAUUGGAUAUUCAUCAUCAUCGAACUUCUGGUUCCUUUGGUUCUGCAUCACGUAAUCCAACAAAUGUGUCACCAGCAACAAAUUCAAAUUCAACGCCUAACAAUACUAACAAGUAUUUAUUUUUUAUGGAAUGCAGUCCAGCCUCAGGAAAGGGUCGAGGCUCAUAUGUUUUCGAAAUCGACGGUAGCAGAUUAGUUGAGCUGACUAUAGCAAUUGAGCAAUUCACCGCUCUACGCUAUAAUUCUAAUCUAAAACCAGCAACAUCCGCAGAAGCUGCCCAACUGACCGUUGCAGCACAAUCCGCUUUAGGUACAAGUAGUUUCAAUGCAGUGGAUUGCUGUAAUAACAUUUUUCGUAGUAAUCCAGUAUGUGCACUACAACCCAACGGUUGUAUUGUCCAUGAUGAUGCUGCUAAUAAUAAUAAUAAUAUUGCCUCUUCAUUCUCCUCAGAUACAAGUAGUAAUCCACGAUCGAUAUCUCCGACUCAUCAUCAUCAUCACCAGCAGCAGCAACACCGAAAUCAACAGCAGCAGCAACAACAACAACAACAGUUACGGAAACGGCGUAGUCGUGAUAGUAUAUUUAAUCCAUUGAGAAAAAUCUCCUCUGGUCAUCAUAAUUUCAAUCUUUUCAAUAAAACAAGCGAUUAUCAAGCAUCAACUAUUGAUCGAAUUCCACCAAAUAAACAAGUUAUAGCACCACAAUUGAAUAGUCAAUCGUCUGUGCCUGUUAUGCAUUCUUCAUCCAAGUGUAGUUGGAGUCUACAAAGGACUUCAUCACUUUCUCCGCCCGAUAUGCUUACUAAUAAUGAUUUAGUCGGAGAUGCGUACAAUUCUAAUUCAUUAUCAAGACCAACUUCUACCACCACUACUACCAAUGAGAAUACUUUUAAAGGUGCUAGUAGUUGUAGUAUCAGUGCAGUACAGGCUGCUAUCUCAGCUAUUAAUAAUAUCCAGGAAGGCAACAACAGUCCAAUUGACCUUGCCAGUCUACUGACAAAAUCUCUACAAAAUCAUGAUGUUAGCAUACCGAAUCAUCAAGAUCAAUCUAUUGCUAUCAAUAAUCAUCAUCCAGUUACAUCAUCAUCUAUUUGUUCUCAUUCUCCAUUAUUUAUCGGCAGUAGUGCUGUACAUGGCGGUGUUGUUCAACAUCAUCAUCAUCACCAUCACCAGCAUUCUCAUCUCCCCCCGUCGUAUCGUUUGAAUGAUGAUACGCCUACUCUGUGUUCAUCAGCAUCAUUGACGGCGACAUCAACAACAACAUCUGGAUAUGAUUUAAUCGACAAUAUGUCGGAUACAAAUUAUUUCCUUCAUGAUAAUGUACAAGUGGCUAAAGUUGCAGCCGGUUUAAUUAUCUCUAAAAAACCACCUUAUUAUUACAAUAAUAAUACAAGUACUGCCAACAAUAAUGUUGUAUGCGCUUAUCCUACACGUACUACAUGUUGUUUAACAUCAAUUUGUGCAACAUCUUUUUGCAGUUCAAUUACUGGUCAUCGACAAGCACCACUUCUCCCUCCAUCCUCUUCAUCUCGUCCUCCUCUUCAUCAUCAUCAACACCCCCACCCCCAUCAUCAUCAACAACGUUUGAUUUUUGAGAAUAAUCAAUCAUCAUCAUCAUCAACUGGAUGUAAUACAACUGCAGUACUUCCAUCAGUGCCUAUACCAUCUAUUGGUACUGAUAUUAGUACGCAUAGUGGUAUACAGCAUUCUUCAUCUUUACAUUCAAAUGAAUGUAAUAGUAAUAGUAGUAAUAGUAAUAGUCGAUUACAGUUCAGACAACCAUCACGGGAACAACAACAAAAUCAUCACCAAAUCAGUUCAUCAAAUCCUAAUUCAACUAGUCAGUUAUCUGAUUCAUUGUAUACUUCAAGUUCAGAUUAUUCAAAUUAUGGUGGUCUUGUUAAUUCAUUAACUGAAUCAACAUUGGAUCAAGUUGACAGUCAGAGAGACUCUGGUGUUACUUCUCAACCUACUACUACGGCUGCUGCUGUUGCUCCUAGCAGCAGCAACAACAGUACUGUUAAUCCGGAAGUAUUUACAACCGAUGAAGAUUACUGGGAUUUACGUACUACUAGUAGUAGUGGCAGUAAUCAGUGGAAAUCUCAAUUAUAUUCAUCUAAAACAAGCCUCACUGGUGUUGAUGGCGAUUGUGCUGUAGCGAAAAAAUUGAAUUAUUAUUCAUCUGUAAUAACUGAUCUGCCUGCAACUACUACACUGGGAUCAUCACAUACUUGUAAAGAAUUAUUAUCUAAUGAUACCCGUGAACGACAAUAUAAAUUGGUGAUGAAUGUGAAUACAACGCAUAAUCCUUAUUCCUUUUAUUACUCAUCAUCUAUUGAACCAGGACAGUGUAUUUAUCGUCGUCGACUUCAACAAUAUCGUGUUUGUGUGUGUAAAUCUUUACUGCGUAGAUCAUUUUCAGCCAAUACAAAUCUUCAGUUAAUUGAUAUAUCGAAUAAGCUACAAAAUGAUGAAUAUCGUACAGACAGGAUAUUAAGAACGAUGCGUUCGUUGGACAGUUGUUGUGUAGCUACUACUACUACUGCUGCUACAUCAACGACGUCGACAACAGCAGCAACAACAACAACAAACGAUGAACACAACUUGAUUCAAAAUAUCUGCAACCAGUAUUCUAGAUGUUGUCGAACUACAGAAUCAUCCAACAGUAAUUCGAAUAUUUCAAUCAGUCCUCCGCCGCCACUGGCACCAUUAUUGUCUAGUGGCAAACUCCUUUGUGGUGGGGCAAGUGCAGGUGCAGGUCGUUUCCAGAGGAUCCACAGAUUAUUUCAACGUAAGCAUUCUCAAAGUCAUGAUAGUCUUCAGAGUAGAAAAAAUUCAAUGGAUGAUAGACCAGUGAUAUUCUAUGACUCAGAAUACUGUAUUACGACUGGUGGUGAUGGUGAUAAAUCAAGCUUUGAUAAACCUUUACACUCUGACAUGCUGCCAUGGGACGGAAUCGAUGAACUCAAACAAGAACAACAACAACAGCAACAAGAAAAACACCUCAAUACCAGUCACACUGAUAAUAAUAAUGACAAAAGUGUUGAACUUUCUUGUCGAGUUCUUAACUGCCCUCGACAUGGAAUCAGAAGACUUCAUUGGAGGAACAUUGAUCCUCAACAAAUUCUUUUGUUAACUAAUAGAAAAGCUGAAAAUCUUUCUCAAUUGAAAAAACUAAUGAAAUCCCGUGUCACUACUGCUACUGCUACAUCAAAUGAUUUUGUUGUUCAUCAUGAAAAACAUUCCACGCCUACAAUUCUUCCGUCAAACUCUCCAAAUACUGUUGUUGUCAAUAAUUGCACGACUGCAGCAGCAGCGGCGGCGGCGCACUACUCACCAGUAGUUUCUGGUCGUUGGAGAAAUAGGCGUACUCAUCAUCAUCAUUAUUUCACGAGGAAAAUAGAUUCGAAAGCUAAAGGUUUAUACUUACAUGAAAAUAAUAGUGAUAGUGAUCUGAUCACAUCACAAGCGGUAAGAACAAACAAUUGUCCGCAGUCGUCUAUCAGUAGCAGUGAAAUGAAAACACAUUCACUAUCACCAUUACGCAAGCAUUCCUCGACAUCUUCAGCAAUCAAUCAAUCCAAUGGUGGACAUUAUUAUUAUCAUUAUUAUUAUUAUCAUCAUCAUAAUGCUGUAUCAUCACCAAGUGAAAGAAGCCAAUCCUUGAUAUCGGUUAAUUCAUUACCAUGCUCUGAACCAUCUUUAUCUAAAAUCGAUAAUCACAAUAGUAAUAUUAUUAUGCAUUCAUUACUACAUAUGAAUUAUACAGAUUCAAUGGAACAACUACUACUACUCCAACUGCCGCCUCCAUCAUCAUCAUCAUCGAUUCAUAGGUAUGAUUCAUCUGUGUUGUUAUUAAAGCCUACCACUACUACUACUACUAAUACUAGUACUACUACCAACCAACAAGUAGUAAAUUCAUCAGAGUUAAUCAAUACUACUGAUGAUGAUAAUGGUGGAGAAAGCGAUAAAGUCUGUUCAAAAUCAUCUUGCUCAAAUUGUACGAUGAUGCAGAAAACAGACUCUACCGAUCGACAAUUCGAUAUUCCAAAGUUUAAUCGGUCUGUUAGUAGUAGUAGCAGUGUUAAGCCUUUCGCCUUGCCGUCGUCCACCGCCUCCUGCUCCUCCUCCGACACUACACUACGAGCUAGUACACUACCGACAACACGAAUUCUACGUGAUGAACAGUCAAUUAACAGCCUACAACUCACUACUCCUUAUAAUCAUCAACAACAACAUGCCUAUGUGAAUUCAAGGAUGAAUGUUGUUGAUAAUCCAGAAUCUACUCAUUAUCAUCAUCAAAAAUCAAAUCGAUUACAAUCAUCUGUCAGUAAUCUUGAUCGUCUCUUGCCUGCACUACUACUUCAACGUACUUCUACUCGUCAAAAUCCUAUACCAUCCAGUGUGCAUGACAGUGCUGGUGUUGUUGUCGUUAGUGGUUCUGAUAACUCUAUGCCUCGAAAAUUCUCCUAUCAAUCAUCAGAAGUUGAUUCAUCUCCUCGAAUUGUGAUAAACAAUAACAACAGUAAUGCUAACACUGUUAGUAAGAAAGGAAGAAGAAGAAAAUCAAACGAAGAAGUCAAUGAUAAAACAACAGCACUCCAAGUUGAUGAGCAGUUGUCAUUUGAUAUUCAUACUUAUAAUAAUUUGAUUCGACUACAAGAAUAUCCAAAUGAUGACAGUACCGCAUUACACGGUUUAAAGUCUAUUCCGACAUCGUUAUCUUCUUCUGGAUAUGAUCCGACAACAUCCCAAUUUUUACACUUAACAAUUCAUGAAGAAAAUGAUACUAGUUGUCAAAGUCAACCAUCCUCCUCCUCCCCCUGCUCCUCAGCAUCAUCAUCAUCAACGACUAGUUAUGUCAAUUUCCCUGGAUUUUGGUCCAAUAUCCAUUCGACUACAAGUUCAUCUGGUAUUGCUGUGGCUGCUUCGGCUUCUGCUUCUCCUUCUAUUGUUGCUACUACAUCAUCAAUGGAGAAUCGUUUAUAUGCUAAUUUAAUCCCCAAGACAAAUCAAAAAUAUACAAAACAUUCUUAUAAUAAUAAUAAUAACAGUAAAGGCACAUUAUUAAGUCAAUUACCAAUGAAUAACGCUCACUGUGAUACUAUUACUACUAGUAACUGUGCUGGCCAAUCAUCAUUGUACACUACUGGAGAUAAUAUACUUCAUUCAACAGAUAGUCAUUAUUUGCCACAGACUACUACUACUACUAUAAAUCUACUGAGUAAAUCGAAUUCAUCUGGUCCUCCUCCUACUACUACUAUUAUUUCAUUAGGUGGUGGUGGUAAUCUUAUGCCAUCUUCAACAUCUCAGUGUUGUUGUUCACCAAUGGGAGGAGUUCAUCUACAUCCAGCACAAGCACCACCACCCCCACUGCCAUCAGUAGUAAAUAUGCCUACAGAAACGGAUUAUUCCUGUUUACCCGCUGAGGUUCGUGAUCCUAGUCGUAAUUAUGCAAUGGUUGAUUUACGACCGAGUCCAGCAAGUUCAACUCUUCCACCAACUGAAUUAACAUUGAGCCUGAAUCAUCAACAUCAUAAUACCAAUGAGCAGCAUACAAGUCAAUCAUCCUCCUCUUCAAUUGAUGACAGUAUAUGCAGUAAUAGUGGUGUCAGUUUAACACAUAAUAGUAAUAGUAGUAAUAACAAUAAUAGCACUAGUACUACUGGUAGUGAUUGUACUAGUGAUGCAGCCACUUUAACCUCGGAUACUAUUGAAAAUUAUUCAACAGUCUGUUGUAAUCCACCGCAUGAAUCAUCAUCAUUAUCAUACAGUAAUAAUAGUAAUAAUAAUAGUAAGGCAAUGAAUACUAGCAAAGUAAAGUCUAAAAACUCUUCUAUGGAUACAGAUUCAUGUGAUCAUUUUCUGCUGAAUACAAUGAAAUCACGUCGAAGGCAUAGUCAUAGUCUAUCAUCAUCAUUAUCAUCAACAGCGAUGAUGACAACAACAACAGAUCCACCAAUAUUAAAUUAUGUUCACGUGAUUGCUGCAUCCAAUACCCGCUUUACUUCAACUGAAACAGCACGAUCAUCUGAUCCUGGUUCAGUAUCUGAUCGUCAUCAUAUUGGUGGUGGUGGUGGUAUAAUCACUGAGCUUGGUAAUUCACCAAGUUCUAGUAGUGGAUUAGGCGGUGUCACAUCACAAUCGAAUGCAUCUUCAUUAGCUGCACCAGCUUCGUCAACUUCAUUCGGUGAUAUCUUUUCGUGUAGAUCAAUGACAUCCUCGGGUACAUCGUCUGUUGAAGGUAAUAAUAAUAUUCAUAUUAAUAGUAACAAUCCAGAGAUGAUGAUGAUGAUGCCGACAGAAUUGUCAAGUUGUUCCCCACCAGAUGAUAAUUGUGUCAUUUAUACACAGAUCGAUUUUACACGGACAAUGGCAUUAGGUGAAUUAUCUAAUGAUAUAAUGGCACAAGAGAAUCAAAUUGCCAAUAAUACCAAUAUCAAUAAUAAUAACAGUAAUAAUAGACUAUCUUCAUCAAUGAUUGCUUCACGUGGCAAUACUACUACUACUACUACUGCUAAUACGAGUAGUACUGGUACAACAUCGUCUUCUUCAUCACGAAAUAAAAUCGAUCGUACUACUUCAGUUAAAAAGACUUUGUAUCGAUCGAUCCGUUUGAUUGGUGGUCGAGGAUCACGUAAAAAAGUCGGCUAAUGAUGAUUACUAAUAUUAAUAUUGUUAUUAUUAUUACUACUACUAAUAUUAUCAUAAGUUUUCCCACCCUUACUGCAUUUCAUAAAUUACUCUCUGACUGUGAAUAUAAUUGUAUAUUUUACCACGUUUAUUUAAUUUUUAUUUAAUUUAAUUGAUUUAUUUAUUUGUUUUCAUUUGAUGAAUAAUGCUCAGUGAUGCUUCACCAUAAUGCUAUAAUAAUAAUAAUAACGAUGAUGAUGACGAUAGCUCACUGGCAACUUUUUCUUUCUGUGCAAUUCGUGUUUUACACUCACACUCACCAUCCCCCACCCCACCCUACCCCCUUCCUCCAAUUUUCUUUCUUUUUAUGAAACUUUAAUGACUAGAUAAUAACUGAGGAUGAUGACGAUGAUGAUUAUUAUUCAAAAAACGCGGAUACCUCUUGAUUUUUAUUGUAAUUUUGACAUUUUGUUCUUCUUCCUUCCUUCGUUCCUUCCUUACUCUGGUUUGAUUUUCCUUCGUGUGUACAGCUGGAGGAAAAAGUGUUUAUAACACACCUACAAAUGAUUAUAAACUACCAGUAACUACUACUCCUACUCCUACUGUUAGCCGCCUAUAAUAAGAAGAAUUGAGUUACACUUCUCUCCCCGCCCCCUAUUUCAUUUACUUUAUUCUUCUUGUAUACAGUUUAAUGUUGGAUGUGUGUUUCCAAGGCGGUUUGGAGGGGGGUGGCGGCCGGCUCUGUUAUAUUGAUAGCUAAAUUCCUUAUCUAUGUACUUGUAUGUGUGUGUGUGUGUGCGUGUAUACAUGUCAAAAAAUCAAAUCUUUCUUUCACAUACACAGUUUAUAAUUUUUUGAUUCUUUUGUUACUUAUAUGCGCAUGUAUGAUGCCAUCACAGAAUCGAUUUUCUUAUUAUUAUUAUUAUUAUUUAUAUUAUUAUUAUAUUAUUUGUUUAUUGUUUAAAUAAUGGCGCCAUGUGUUGUUAUGGUAGUAGUAGUAGUUGUUGUUGGAAUGCUUCUAGCCCCUAACUUGAAUGAAUACCUUUCAAAAUCCUAUUUAUUACAUUCAGACCACACAGACACACACACACACACACUCCCCUCCCUCCUAUGUAUGCAAUGUUAGUUGGAGAAGUUUUGAAGCCCUUUUCUCCGCCCCCCCCCCUGCUAUAUACAUACAUGUGGUGAAGAUGUGUUUGUAUGUGAUAUCCAAUGCUUUUCACUCGCAUCUUAUUUUCUUUUCGCGUGUGUACGCGCAUACUUUUGAUUUGUAAAUUAUUUAUUUCCUUAUCUUACCAACCCCCCCCACACACACCCCAUCACCUUUUUAACUGAUCAAUGAAAAAGUUCUUUAAAAGUUGUGUGCACACACUCGUCAUUACUCCCAUCACUUACUAUCACUAUCCAGCUGGGUAUUUAAAAGAGUUGUGACGUCUUUUUUUCCACUCUUUUUUUUGUUUUUCUAAAAAAUGUUUUUUACCUCAGAUACAGACACAUACAAAGAUGGAGAGGGAGAGAGAUAUGCUUUUGAUUAUUUUUGACUUUCUUCUCUUCUUUGUUACUCUAUUCUAUAUUUAAAUAAAAAGACAAACAUCCUCCUUUACAUGGGGAUUUUUUAUUAACGAAAAGUGUACUUACUUCUUCUUAUUGUUUACUGAAAUUGUUUUUUUUUCUUGUUGUUAUUGUUGGUGAAAAACAAAAUCUGUUCUUCGUAUGAUUCAUAUCGUCUGUUGUCGUGGGGUGGGGUGUGUUGCGGAGUGCGCAUGUCUCGCUACGCAAUGUGGCAGGUAGAGGUGCAUACGAGCACGGGAAUCAUAUAUUUGAAAAUAAUUUUUUAACCGACAUAUUGUUUUUUUUAACUCGCUUCUGUAAUUCUUCUUCCUUUUUUUUGUCUGUGUUAUAAUCACCCUGGAAACUUCGCCUCCCCUGGCCCUUGGCUGUAGACCUCACCUCCAUCCCACCUCCUGGUAUCUCAAAUGUUAUGAUGUAACUAACUAUUUUACAUCAUGCGAGUGCUUUUUUUUAAAAAAUUUCUUUUUUAUGAUUUCUACUUUAUGGGGUUGAUCGCAGUCGUCGGUGGUGGUCACUUCAUUUCUUGAUAAUUCCUUCCGUUGUGGAGAUAGGCGCGUAAAUAGAUUCCCUGUCUCUCCCUCUCCAUUGACUUCACCGCGAAUGUUUAUAUUUCCCUUAUUGUCGGAAUGAGAAACAAUAUACACAAUAGUGUUAAUGAUAUAGUCCUUUGUUAUCCUAGACCUUAUUUGAUUUCCUCUUUUCUGUCGGCGCGUACGUACGUGCGUGCGUGUGUUUUUGAGAACACCAGAUACAUUUCCCUCCCUCCGUCGUAUUCUUUUUACAAGGCUUUAUUUAGAUGCAGAGAUGCCACUUGUAUAAAUCAAUACACUUAACUAACAACUAAAUUGUUGAACCCACUUAUUCAGUUUCACUUGUAAUUAUUUUAUUUCAUUUGGUUCUCCUGUUAUCUUUUUAAUGUUUAUUAAUUAUCAACCUUUGUUGUCUCCCCUAUCACUUGCCCUUUUUCUUUCUUCGACUUUUUAAGAUUUACAAAAUUCUCUAUAUUUCUUGUGCCUGUAUUCUCUCUCAUUCACCAUUUAUCCUUUGUAAUGUGUGUAUUCACAACAGUUAGCUAACUAACUAACUGUUGAAGACGACUGUUUGUUCCGUUUGUUGACAGUGCUAGGCCAUAAUUCUUCUUCGUUUGUCCACCCCACUCCCACCCUCCUGUCCAUUAUUAGUAAUGUAUGCGGUGUUGUAUAAUAAGGAUGAGUAAAUUCUAAUCUACCUCUUUCUCUUGUCCAUCCUUUUGCCUAUCUCUCUCUCUCCUAUCCACCAUAUUCGUCAUCGUUCUUUUCUUCCUUCCUUUAUUCUAUUGUCAUCUAUUUGUAUUUGUCAUUGCAUUCUAUUGUGUGUAUAGUGAUAUCUCCAGCCUUCACAGAACACUUGAUCUGAUCUGAUCUCAUUUUAUCAUUUAUGAUUAUCAUUGUUGCUGUCUUGAUUUUUAUUUUGAUAACUGAUAAUAUAAUAAUGAUAUUAAUAGUAAUCUGAGCUCCUCUUGCUCCCCCCCUCGCCCCAACCAAUAUCCUUCGUUUAACCAACCCCUGCUGCUGGCGGUGAUGGCAGGGCGAUUAAUAAUGAUAAUAAUUACUAGUACUCAUAUUUUAAUACUAAGGAUAAACGACUACCAAUCCUCUAUGUUCCGAUCUGACUAUGAUGGACAAAUACAGUAUAAUAUAAUAUCACACAUAUGUGUAUCUUUUUCCCGUCUUGGUUGUUAUUUUAACAGUUUCACUUUGCUUUUAUUUGUUUUCUUUUUAAAAAAAAUUUUCCUCCCGUUGAUUGAUUAUUUGAUUGAUUGACCCCCCUUUGUCCCCACCACCCCGUCCUGUGUACGUCGAUCUCAUUUUUAUUUGUCUACUUUUCUCCUGUUCAAAUUUUAUUUUUAUACUUAAAUGAUGAGCAUAUGUAUUAAUAAUAUAUGUAUGAAUGGCUAUGUGUAUUAUUACUUAUUACUAUUAUUAUUAUUAUUAUGAUUAAUUAUUAUUACUUUUAUUCAUGUACAUUUUAUUUACUUAUUUAUUUUACCUAUGUAGGUAUGUAUGUGUGUGUAUGUAAUAUUGUGUAUAUUUCAGUUUGUGUGUGUGUGAGUGCGCGUAUAUGGGUACGCGCUCGCUCGCGUGCGUGCGUGCGUCCGUAUGUGUAUGUUCAUCAUUUUAUUUUAUUUUUAUCAUUUUUUUCUAAAGAAAACCUGCUUUGCGUUUAACUUUUAGAAUACAAUUUACCUACUUAUACUUAUAUAUAUAUAUAUACUUGAUAUAAAAAUAAAAUGAAAAAAAGUUGAAAAUAAUUCAUACCAUACAAAAAAUAAUGAUAUUUUGUUUUCUGUUUUAAUGCUCAUGUUUGUGUGUUUCAACGUGUCAUUCAUUCAUUCAGUUUUUGGCGCCCAACAACGAUGAAUGCUGAUGACACACACUGCAUCAGUUAGAAGAAAAGUACAUAUUUGAAUAUUGGGGAAGAGGUUGCUAUUCACAACAGACUGUGUUUGUGCUCAUUC